CACCAAUUUUGCUGUCAUAUUUUUGUGGAUAUUUCUUACGUUCUUGUUGGAUCAUUUUCGUAUUUUCAUAUAAUUCGAAACUGUAGUAGGCACAUGCUCUCCGUUAAUUCAAUUUCAUUCGGUAAAGUAGGUAGAAUCAAGAAAAAUGAACGUCUAUGUGUAGUUAUCUAACAAAAAUUAAUAAAUAUAGGACAAAACCUUUUAACCCGAAAGACAAGUAUUUUUUUAAGUAAAAUGUUUGCGAGUCUGAAAAGUAAAAUUAAGGAGGAGACAGGGAGUGACUUGAGUAGAUUGACUAGUAGUUGGCGGAAUGGUGCCCUUUUAGGACGAAUGGGUCUUCGAGAUGAUUCGUCUACAGCUAGUCCAUCUAGUUCUGGAGGCCCUGCAGAGACCCUUUCAGACUCCUUAUCACCUCAGCUAGAGUCUUACUUAACAGACCAUAUAGAUCAUGCUACCCUUCAGCACCAGUAUUCUUCACAGCUAGAAGAAAAGCUUCGAGAGCGAGAUGCCUUUUGGCAACAGAAGAUUGAGGAGGUGAAGAACUCCCUAUCAACCGCUCAAGGAGAGGAAGCAGCGGCGGCUCAGGCAGUAGCUCGGGCUGCUCAAGCGGAAGCAGCGAAGGCAGCCACCGAGCGAGAUGCAGCGGAGAAACAGUUGACCGAACUACGCGGUCGAGUCGCUGCAUUAGAACGCGCCCAGGACCGUCUCGAUGCUCUCACGGAGGAAUUGGAACAAGCACGUCGCGAAUGGGCUCGAGAACGCAGUGAUUUGACUGCAAGCGUGAGCACGUGGGAAGGGCGCGCGCGGGACCUCGCCGACGAGGUGGCUCUAGUGCGCGCCGUGUUACCGCCUACGGAGCCGCUGCAUCGCGUGCACGACGACGAUAAACACUCGCUCACACCCACCGGGUGCGAGGAUUACGACCGCGUAUGCCGCGAGAGGGCGGUGCUGUCGCGACAGUUGCAGGAGGCCAAGAUGGCGCUCGCCGACGUCAAGACAUCUUGGAGCGGACAGAUCGCCUCAUUGGAGACGCAGGUGGCGCGACUGUCGCGACAAGCUGGCGAAGAGGGUGCAGAAAGAAGAAGAGUGGAAACAGAGAAGAAAGAGAUGCAAGAGAAACUCAUCAACAUGGCCGUCGAACUGGAAAAGACUAAACAGAACCUCAUUAAUAGCGAAGCUAAGGUGGUGCGCCUCAACGGGGAAGUGCACUCGCUCGCGAUGGAAGUGAAGUCCCUGCGCGGCAACGCCAGCCACGCGGCCGAUAAAAAUAUGGAACUGCAAAGUCGUAUUGAAGCGUUGACCGAGGAGAAUAAGGAGUUGACAUUAGCUUUGGAGAGUGAAAGCGAACUGGUUCGAACGUUGAGAGAGAAGAUGGAGCAGUGUGAGCGGCGCUUCGACGAACAAUCGGCCGAAGUGAACCACCUCAACUCUCUCGUCACAGACAUGCAGCACGACUACGUGGAUAUACAGCGGAAGUAUGACAAAGAGAGGCGAGAGAAGGACGAGGCAUUGUUACGCAAUGCUCACAUGUCGCAGACGAUAGAAAUGAGCCAAUGCAACGUGCGCUACCAGGAGGUGGAGAUAAACGAACUCAAAGCUAAGAUAACGGAGCUCAACUCUCUUAUAGCAGAACACAAGGAGAAUCAGGCAGCUUGUAUGUUGAUAAAAGAAAAUGAAGAGGCACGGAAAACUGAAAUCGAAGAGUUGAAGAGACGAAUAGAAGAGGUGACCGAAAACGAAGCAACUUUAAAGAAAACUAUACAAGACUUAGAAACUGAAAUCUGUGAUAAAAAUAAAAAAAUAAAAACAUUAGACAAUCGAAUAUCUGACAUGAAGAAGACUUUGCAACGUGAAUUACAAAGUAGUAAAUCUGACUUGACCACUGCAGAGGAACAAGAUAUAAGUAGAAGGUAUCUAAAGCACGUGGUGCUUCGUUUCCUGACUGCGCGGGAGAUAGAAGCGCGCCAACUAACCCGAGCGCUCGCGACCUUACUACGCCUGUCCGCGCACGAGGAGGCCUUAUUGCGGGCCGCGUUACCGCCACGGUCGGGCCUGGCCGCCUGGUUCCCGUCGCUCGACACCUGACCGCCUUAAUAGGCAGUUCAAACGCAAGAAUAAAAGAUUGCCCGCAACAGCAGAACCUAAGAGGUGCUUGUUUUAUUGCAAAUCAAAUGUACAUGCUUUCGUGAGAACAAACAAUAAUUAUUAUGUGCGUUUAGAUAACGAAAUAUAUGUUUGGGAUGAGGUAAUACGAACUACUUUCUCGUUAGUCAAACACAAAUUAUCCAGCUUCUUUAAUGUUUUACUUUUAAGGAACCAAAUAAUUUAUUAAAUAGUGCAAUAGACGAGUGGCCCUUAGCAUUAUUACGCUUUGUUAAAUGGUGCAGACAAUCGGUAGAGAUGUAAGUUAGACAUACGUGAUUUUUUACCAACACAAUUGUAAUUUAUAUGCAUUAUCAUAUUGUCUGUAGUCUAAUAUUUAAAUCGUGAGAUAUGGACUUACACUCAAAACGUAUCGAUUGUUUUUAAAGUACACGGUAUAUUGCUAUAAAAAUUGCUGCUUCAUUGCUUUCUAGCAUUCUCUCAUUGACAUCGAGAUGAAUGAGCUGAGUGGAUACACUUAGUGUUAUAAGUUUUAACGGUCUCUAGCAAAUUAUGUUAGUUUGAGCAAUACUAUAUUUUCAAAAACACACACGAAAAAGAUGGUUCAUAAAGCUGCAUAAAAAGUUUUUGCUCAAUGUAACUUUAUUGUUCGCUAGGGACCGUCAAAACUUAAAAUGCUAGGUGGGCCGAUAGAUGUGUCCGGAAGUGUAUUUUUGUUGUUGUGUUCAUGUCCAUUGAUUUAAAUCUUAGACUUUCAUUCCAGUCGCAAAUAUAAAUAAGCAAAUAAGCUAGCGCGAAUAACGUCAAUUUUGUUAAGCCAAGUCUAAGUAAUUGGAUUAAUUAAAAAUCACGUACCAUAGUCUACAACUCUCAUAAUUCGACGACGUUAAUUCUUCAUAUUGAGCUGUUAUACUUAUAAGUAAUGUAUUUAAAAGAUUAUAAGGUGGGCCAAACAGUACACUUUCGUGCGACCUCAUGAAUGAACAAUUGAAAUAUAACGGAAUUUCGGGAAAGAUGCAUCACUUCCUUAGAUGCAUAGUUGUAUGCUUAGAUUAAAACAAAAAGGGAAGAUACGGUACGCUCAUACUAGCAUCAAAUAACAUAAUUAUGAUCCGAUUCAACUACAUAAGCAACUGUCACACACGCACACAUCUGUAAAUAACAUUCAAUCGAGCGAGCGAGACAUCUGUACGCUUCAACGCAGAGCGAGCGAAACGGCGAAUCAGCUUCCAAGUGCGAACGGUCGAGCUGUAUUGUUGUCCUUUUCUUGAUUACAAAAUGGCGAUUACGUAAAUAACAUUCACGACAAACUGUGAUUUUUGAGAAAAAAAUGAUUUUACAGUUUUACGAAUGAUAAGUGUUGCCCAGGCAUUUGCUUUAAUUUUUAACUAUUUGUGUUCUUUAUAAAAGUAUCCAAGGCAUUGUUUUAUCUUUAUAACACAGAAUAUACGCAAUAUUGUUAUAUUGGGUGUACAUGCAACGUGUUUGAAUGUCCAAUUGUGACUACAACGAAUUGUGAUCGUACACCACAAUUUAAGCGGAUCACUUUUUAGCCGCGAGUGCCAUAUCUACCCUUUUUGUUUUAAUCUAAGGUUGUAUGUUUUCAAAAGUCGAACGAUUAUGACCGCGCGUGAAAAUGCAAAGCUGAAGGUUGCAAGGUCUGCGCAGCUCUACCUUUAGAAGUUAUAUUAAAAAAUCCUGGAAACAGAUUUUCGAGGCUGGAUAUAUCGUCACGUGUGACGUACGUGAAAAUUUUGGAUGAUACCAACUUCAAUUAUUUAUUUUUUAAACAUUUAACUACUAGUAGUUUAAAUCUAAAGAAAAUGUUACUGGAAAAAAAUCCACGCGGACCAGGCAGCAGACGGGACUCGAGCCCAACCCGUAUCCGGGCGGAUGCACUGACCAUUAUGAGGGCUGCGGUAGCAGCGGGUUCGAGUCCCGUCUGAUGCCUGGUCCGUGUGGAAUUUUUUCGAGUAAUAUUUUUUUUAUUUAAUUUUUUGCUUUUUUAUUAUUUAUGUCAAAUUAAAACUACCUAUAUUGGAAUUUAUAACUUGUGAUGUACUUAGAUAUUUUGAAAAAGAGUAUUAUUUUUUAUGGUAUUUUUUUGUCAUAUUGUUACUAGUCACUUGGCUUGGCCAUGAUUUGUGUUAUAAAAUUGCAUACAUAUAAUAAUUAUGUGAAACGAGUAUUUCUUUUUUAACAAUAGAUGUUUGGUUUAUCAACCAGGAGUUGUCAAUAUAGUAAUUGGCAUGUUUUAAAAAAGAACUUCAUCUUUUCUUAAUCACAACUUUUAGCAUCUGCUACAUUUGCUUUUGUCAUUUUAUUAAGGGUCAAGUUAACUACUUGAAGCUCACAGAAAGUCAUAUACGUAUAUCCAGAACGCUUUGAAGUUCUUACGCAGUAGGCAACUUUAUUCCUAAUAAAUCCAAUGCCAAUACCAAACGGUUUCCUCUAGACUGAUCAAGAUCGGACGAACUCUACGUUGCAUAAAAUUUUAACCUCUUUAUGAAUUCUUUCAAAGUUCAUAAAUUAUAUAAAUAAGGAAAUAAGGGAAACACUGACGUAACGUAACAAGUGCUUAAAGUGACGUUCCUACUUCUUGUCAUAAUUUUAUUAAGAAUAUAUUAAAUGGUUAAUAUUAAGAUGACAUUUUAAUUAACAGCACAGUUAGGAACAUUUUUAUUGCAAAUGCAAACUUAGGUCAAUACCCUAUUUUUCGCGAUUAAAGAUAACGAUAAGGUCCUUAGAUGUCAAAGUAUCUCAAUCAUAUCAUUCGUUAUUCACAAUCUUACGCAUCUGCGCAGUCUAUAGAAGUGUUUUAUUCAGCUAAUAAGUUAAAAUUCUAAGGUUUAAUAAGGCUUUAAUAUGAAUUAUAUCACAGAUCAAAAUGAUAACUUGUUACAUUCGUAAAACACCUUGCCCACUAAAUUAUUACGACUUUGUUACGUCCCAAACAUUGUGGUUGAUAUAGGUACGCGAAUAUCUUUAAAUUUAGAAAAUUAAUGUUAUCGCGAUAGAAAUUGAUGUAAGACCAUUGGAGGCUUGGUUAACUCAAGAUACUAUAAUAAACUCAUCAUACAGCUCAGCAUACAGCUUGACCGCUGUAAAGUCGACUCCCGGGUUAGUUUUGCUCCAUAAGCUAUCUUUUGUUUUAGGGCUCUUUCAAUUAAUGCGUGUCUCGACGGCCUGCUGCGGUCGGCAACAGUUCUAUUGUCGAGCGUUCGCGGUACCGACGCCGCACUGUUGCCGAACCGCGCGUUUUGUAUGAAAAAAAAGAUCGAUCUUACGAUCUUCCGUACGCUGUACGACAAACGCACCGCUUCGGUACCGCAGCAGGCCGUUAAGAAACGCAUAAAUUGAAAGCGCCCUUAUCCUAGCUUUAGCUUGGAGGAGAUCAAGGAUAGUUGAAGAAAGACAUUACUAAAAUUCAUUAUUACAAAAUAGGCCCACGGUUUUAAAAUGUAGUAGAUGUUUUAAAUUUAAGCCGACACUGCCCUUUUGAAAUCUAAUUGUUGCCUUUGCGACCUAUCAACCAGGGUUAAAUUCCUCAGUAUGUACUGUAACAUUGCAAAGUGAUUAUAGUAGGCAAUGCGACGUUUAAAACUUUAAAAUGCACUUUUAGAAGGUCCAAAAUUUGUGUUACACUUACUUCACAUGGUGCUAACUGAAGUGUCACCCUGGUUGAUAUCAUCCUAAAUUAGUGUUGCUGUAUUAAAAAAAUUGAACUGAGCAUUGUAAAAGCGUACUCGAAUAUGAUACAACUAAAUUAUUGGCUGAACAUAGCCAUUAAUAAGUAUAUGUUAAUUGUAAUUAAACCUUUUCAAUACAUUUAUAACUAUUUAAUAUAUUUAGAAUCCGAAAAAUAUAGGAUUAAUUUAUUUAGUAUUUUUGAAUAGCUAAGUAGGUAUAAAUAAGAUGUUACAGCAACACUGAUCAUAGGUGUUGUUACAUUUGUAUUAAAAACUACUAAAGUGAUAUUUAUGCAAAGAUCUGUACAUACUUGUAUAUUAAAUCUAGUCUUAGUGUGUUUCAUGAUUGAUCGCUUUAAAUGAAAAGUUAUUAUUGUAUAAAUAUUUAUUUUGUAUUUAUUUUAAAAUUAUCUAAGAGUUUAUUUUGUUGAAACAGAGAAUUCUAAGUAUUUACAUUCCUUAAACAAUUAUUUUAGAGGUAGUUUUUAGAAUUGGUAGCUUAUGGUUAUAUUUGUAAGACGACUCGAUGAUAUGUUGUUCAAUUUAAUAUUUUUUUUAUUCCCUAGAAUAUAUUGAACGAAAAUUUUA